AUGGCGUCAAUCCCGGACCAAAACCCCACCGUCAAGCAGUUGGAAGAGGACGAGACUGUCGCAGACCAUGCCGCCAAAUUGGCCGGCGUGAAAAGAGGCACGCACCGCUUUUCUCGCUACGCGCCCCUACGUAAUUCUCACCGAGAGCACACAGCGUGCGACAGGUGCAGGAAGAUCAAGUCCAAGUGCGAGGUUGGCACCGACGAGAGGUGCCAAAACUGCGAAAUUGCUGGCACACGCUGGUCUGCUCCCGUCUUCUUACCCAUGCGCACAGGUCCGAGCUUCAAACGUGGUCCUCCCAAGGGUUACAUUCAUUCCAUAGAACAACGAUGGCAUCAGGUCGAGUGCAUUCUUGCUACCAUCAUGGAGUCGCCGGGAGCUCAGGCUAUCAUGACCGACCUGCGGGGAGACUCCUUUGCUAGCGCGAUCCUCGAUCGGGUGCAAGCAGGGCCAUAUGGAUCACGAGGACGCAUGAAUAGUCGGCACGAUCUCACUACCGAAGGCUUUUACGCGUCCCUCGUUGAUGUACCCGAGCACACGCCUGCACGAGAAGACAGGAGAUCACGAAGGCAGUCCCGAGUGUCGAGAGAGAUUGUUUCCCAAGAUCCCACUGCAUCCGCCACCCCUACCCGAGAAUGGCAGGACCAGCUCUUUGCUCGCCUUGCGCAUGGCACACAGUGGGGAGGCUAUUCAUCAUCUCCCAUGAGCCCACCUUCGAGGUCGUCAUCCUCGACAGGAAACUCAUCGGAUUACGCGCGUACCCGGAGAAGGCUGGAGCAAUGGCCACUCAACAUACCGGAUCAACAAAACUGGGACAAUAUGUAUACGAUGUCUGAUUCGGCCCAGCCCGCUGAUGUUCUCGACGAGGCAGCGGAGGCUUUCGGGCAUCUUUCUGUGGAUCAGAACAAGGAGUUCCGGUAUCAUGGACCCGCGUCAGGUCUUCCACUGUUAGCGCAGAGCCAUGGUCAGGGUGACGACAAACAAAAGAACAGGAUUUGGCGAUUCAUGGCGAACGUCGACCCGGAGUCACCCUCCCACGAUCUCAUCAACGAAGAAGAGGAUGUCGAGGUGGACAUGCCUGCGCCGGACGUACAACGGUAUCUCCUCGAGCUCUACUUCACCUAUGUACAUCCCUUCUUUCCAGUCAUACACAAGCAAGACUUCCUCUACCAGUACGGCGCUCUGUCGAACCAUCCUCUGCCGGCUACUGUCACAACUACCUCAUUGCAUCGCCAUCCCAUGCAACGCCCCUGCAAGAUGUUGCUGCUUUCGAUGUUCGCCAUCGCAGCACGAUACUCCGACAGGGUGGACGAUCAUCCACUGGAUGAAAGUGGCGCAUUCUCCAAAGCCGGUCAGAGUUUCGCCGUGGACGCCCACAAAUUGCUUGGCACAGAUCGCAAAUACCAGAGCAGUCGUCCUUCCACUUGUCAAGCUCUUCUCCUCCUGGCUAUCCGGGAGUUCGGGAUGGGUGCCAUGGACAAGGGGUGGUUAUACAGCGGUAUGGCUAUGCGCAUGGCUAUCGACCUUGGGAUCAACAGAAAUACCGAAAGUUGGACGGUUGACGGCAAGCAGCCACUUUUCUCUGAUGUUGAGAAGCAGAUCAGGAAGCACAUCUGGUGGUCUUGCUGUAUGUCCGAUAAGCUGUCUGCUGUGUGGUUGGGCAGGCCGAUCACGUUCCGCGCCAACGAUUAUUCAAUACCGCUGCCGAAACCAGACGAGGUAGAUGAGAAUGAACCGUGGGAGCCGUAUCCUCCAGGCAUCCUCGGUCAUUUCACACCUCAAACGUCGAGGUUGAUGACCUCCUUUAAGCAAGCGUGUCAUCUGUCCGUAAUCAUCACCGACAUCAUGGACAAGAUAUACCCUGUCGAACCGCCCAUCGAUAUUCCACGUCGCGUGGUCUUUGAGCAGUUGGAGACACGCCUCGCCAAGUGGCAGAUCGAUCUACCUGAGCCUCUGCGGUAUAAUCUCAACGACAAGAAUGCCAACGUGCUGCCCCACGUACUUGUAUUACACACCGAGUACCACGCUGCUGUCUUGCUGUUGCAUCGGGCAUUGCCUAUCCAGUCGCUUUCGAAUACGGCCGCCGAUCCGCUCACCUUGAAGGCACUCGAUGCUUGCUCCGCCGCCGCCGUCCAUAUCUCUACACUAGCGGAAACGUAUCACGAACGGUUCGGUUUGGAGAGAGCGCCCGCUUUUCUCUGCAUAUACCUACAAGCUGCGGGUAUCAUGCACGUCGUUACUCUGUCACGACGCCCUUGGGAUCCCCAGGCUACCCUUGGCUUGACACGGUGUAUUGCUGCAUGCCGACGGAUAGAGCGACUGUGGCCUACGGCUACCAACUUGCGUCAGCUGCUAGAAGGAGCCAAGGUUCGCCUCGACGAGUCGAACUACCCGGUGAACCCUCCGGACGCGAACAGGCGUAAGCGUAGCGUUGAUCAUGCCUUCGGAGGUCCGAAGAAUACCGACAUACAUUCUCGAGGCAUGCACAGACCCACGGAUGGUUUGCGUGGUCCUGGCGCCAGCGUUGGCGCCUCUUGUGACCGAGUUCAAAACACACCUUUUACCCAAUCGUUGGGAGGCCCUGCGCCCGAAAUGCCAACAACCUUCUACCCCGGUUAUCAGUGGUGGCCAACUCAGCUCAUGACCCCGGGAGGUCUCCAGGGCCUGGGACUUACAGCUCCUAUGGACAUUCCUCCCGUCUCCGCGCCUAUGCCCUACUCUUCCCUUCCCAGCUACUCACCCACCCAAGUGCCCCAGGGUUCUCAUCCCCAGGACGGCUAUGUUUUUGCGCCGAAUGGCGGAUCCGUACCUUCUCAGGGCUUCAACAACGACUUCACCUCUUACCAUACAGGGUUCAACUUCGGGCCAACUACCAACGGUCACCAUAUGGAUGGGCAUCGGCGGUAG